CCCCACAGGUGAAUGUCAAAACCUGUUACCUGAAAAAAGAUGCCACCUGCAAAUGAAACGGAUGAUCGUAUGAAAAAAUUUAAGAACAAGGGCAAAGACACGGCAGAGCUAAGACGACGGAGAGUAGAAGUUAGUGUGGAGCUCAGAAAGGCAAAGAAAGAUGAACAGAUCCUCAAAAGAAGGAAUGUCACUUCAUUUCCAGAAGAUGAGGCUCUCUCACCGGAACAGAAAGGUCAACAGAUUCCCCCUCUUUCCUUAGAUGAAAUAGUAGAAGGAAUUAAUUCUGGAGACCCAGAUCUUGAAUUGAAGUGCACACAAUCUGCAAGGAAAAUGCUGUCUCGGGAAAGGAAUCCUCCACUAAAUGACAUAAUUGAAGCUGGACUAAUACCAAAACUGGUGGAUUUUCUGAGCUACCAUGAUAACAGCACUCUGCAGUUUGAAGCAGCUUGGGCACUUACAAAUAUUGCUUCUGGCACCUCUGAACAAACUAAAGCUGUGGUUGAUGGAGGAGCAAUUCCUGCCUUCAUAUCUUUGGUGUCCUCACCCCACAUGCAGAUUAGUGAACAAGCAGUUUGGGCUUUAGGAAACAUUGCUGGUGAUGGUCCGAUGUACAGAGAUGCAUUGAUCAACUGCAAUGUGAUUCCACCACUUUUAUCCUUGGUUACGCCACAGACUCCGAUUGGAUUUCUCCGAAAUAUUACUUGGACCCUGUCUAACCUUUGCCGGAACAAAAACCCAUACCCACCUAUGCAAGCUGUUCUUCAAGUCCUGCCAACUCUCACACAGCUAUUGCACCAUGAAGACAAGGACAUCUUGUCAGAUACAUGUUGGGCUAUGUCAUAUCUCACCGAUGGUGCCAAUGAUAGGAUUGAUGUAGUGGUAAAGACUGGGGCUGUUGACAGACUCGUACAAUUAAUGUAUAGUCAAGAACUCAGCAUUCUGACACCAGCACUUCGGACUGUUGGGAACAUAGUCACUGGAACAGACAAACAGACCCAAGUGGCCAUAGAUACUGGAGCCUUGUCUAUCCUGCCUCAGCUUCUGCGGCACAUAAAACCAAGUGUUCAGAGGGAAGCGGCAUGGGCUCUGAGUAAUAUUGCAGCAGGACCAGCUCCACAGAUUCAACAAAUCAUUACUUGCGGGCUCCUACCACCACUAGUGGAACUUCUUAAUAAGGGUGACUUUAAGGCACAGAAGGAAGCUGUGUGGGCAGUAACAAACUACACUAGUGGGGGCACUGUGGAGCAGGUAGUACAGUUGGUGCAUAGUGGAGUACUGGAGCCGCUUCUCAACCUUCUAACAGUUAAAGACAGCAAAACUAUCUUGGUUAUUUUAGAUGCCAUCUCCAACAUAUUUCUGGCUGCUGAAAAACUGGGCGAGUUGGACAAACUCUGUCUAGUUGUAGAGGAGUUAGGAGGGCUGGAGAAGAUCGAAGCUUUACAGACACAUGACAACCACAUGGUUUAUAAUGCUGCUUUGGCACUUAUAGAGAAAUACUUCUCAGGCGAGGAGGUGGAUGACAUGGCUAUAUUGGAACCAGAAGCUACUAAGGACACCUACACAUUCCAAGCACCAAAUGUACAGAAAGAGACUUUCAACUUCUAAAAUGUAAUGGUUGAUAAGAUAAAAUCGGUAAAUUUGUUUAAAAUAAAUUUGUAUCUGAGGUUGACCCUCAAUAAAACUACAGUUCAAGCA